AUGUCAGAUGCGGAAGAGGGCAGCGAGAAGCAGCAGUGGCGGAAGGCCCAGGAACAAUGGCUCAAGCAACAACAAAUUUUAGAUCAUAGACAUUUUGACAAUGAAGCUUACAAUUUUGUUUUAAAAGAAACAAAAGAAAAACAAAAAAUUCAUAUUUUGUGGAAAUCGAUAGAUGACGUAGAUUACACGAGAGUAGAAAUUCCAAUAGAAUCUGCAGCUGAUUCCAGAAGUGUAUUAGAAAUACAGGAUCUGUUAAUUUGCAAACAUUGUAAGGAGAGCAUUACUUCCCUUGACGUGGUCCCUCAACAUCGAUGUUUUAUGGGAGAAGAAGUAUUUAUGGACGAGAACCAAAUACUGUUUAAAGUAACAACAGAUAUUGAUGGCACUCAAUGUCACAGUGAUGCAAUAGCAAGACAAUCAUUGCAGUACUGACAAACUUGUAUACAAUGAUAAGAUGUCAGAAUCACAACAAUGCAAAAAAUCAAGUAUAUGUGACAUAUUGUUUUACCUCUUUUUAUUAUUUAGUAUACUUCUGCUAUUCACUUUUUUCCUGCAAUUCUCAGUUUUAUAACAGUAAUUGUAAUAAAUGUUGUAAAUAUUUGUUCAUAUAAUCUGUUUGGCAGAUGCGGUAUGGAACAAGC